AGAUGUCGUUUAAUAAAGUCUUUAAACCAGUUAUUACUUGAGAUGUACAUUUUGACAUUGGCCUGACGUUAUUUACGAAUGACGUUUAUUUUGCGAAUUUAACUGGCGUCCGUGAUAACUGAUUUCUCAAUAAACAUUAAUUUACCGUUGAAAUUGCACAAAAGUUUAUAUAAACAAUGGAUCUCUCAAAGAUGCCUAACCAAAGGAAGCUGUUCCUUUGUAAAUGCUAUUUCUUCGCCGGAUUUGCAAUGCUUCCCUUUCUUUGGGCCGUCAAUUCUAUUUGGUUUGCUAAACAAGCCUUUCUUGCUCCACACUUCGAGGAACAAAAACAAAUUAAGAAGUAUGUUAUAUUGUCUGGAAUAGGAGCAUUACUAUCAUUUUCUAUAUACAUCACAUGGAUUAUACUGUUUCAAACACAGAGAGCAGCUUGGGGCGAAUUUGCAGACUCUAUUAGUUAUAUUUAUCCUUUUGGCAUUCCAUAAUUCUAUUAUACAUGUCAAUUAAAUUAAUCGAAUAAGUUGGAUCGUAUUAAGAUACGUUAUGAGAGAUGAAAAUGUUUUAUAAAAAAAAAAAAAAA